AUGCAGGAAGCUACAAACGCUAUUUCACAAAUGCGUUUUCCGCAAAAGCUGUGGUAUUUACUCAAUUUGAACACCGAUGCAAUAUUAUGGGGCGGAACAGGUCGAACUAUUUUGUUAAAUUAUAGAGUCCUUCAGCAUUAUUUAAAAUGCGACCAAUCCAUCUUUAAAACAACCAAUAUCUCCAGUUUUAUAAGACAGUUGAAUUUAUAUGGUUUUCGGAAAGUAACUUCACAUCUGCAGGACCCCCUAUGCAAUUCUAGUAAUCCGUAUAUGCAUGAAUUUAUUCACGAUAACUUUCAGUAUCAAAGACCCGAAUUGCUUAACAAAAUUACCAGAAAAGCACUAACUAUAAAAAAAGGAUUUAAGCCGAGGAGCUUAAAUAAUUCAGAACAAAUUAUUUACAUCUCUCCGUUACAAAAAGCGCGCCAUGCUUUGCGCUUAGCAUUGAAAAAAGCUGCUCAAGAUCUGCUUGUAUUAACUACAUCAAAAGCAGAGUCUAAUGGUCUAAGUGAUGAUUCACCAGGCGAUUGCUGCGAGGAAGAAGAAAAUACUGAACUUGAUUGGCUUAUUCCAGAAAGCAGCAUUGAUACCCAAAAAGAUUUCAUUAAACCAGAUACUGUUCAAAGAAUAAAUGAAAAUACAAGUGCUACUACUAACUAUGGUUCAAAAUUUUUAUAUAAUUUUUUUUUAAGGGACUUAUCUCAAGAUAAUCUUAUGGAUUUUACCACACAAAUAGAAACAUGUCAGCAGAGUAAUGAAAACUUUUCAUCUCAAUUUCUGAGCAUGCCAGAUCUUGACGAUGAAACAUCAGAAAAGAAAUCUGAUGUUGAAUUAUUAGCAGAGUUCAAUAUAAACAGUGAUAUUGAACAAGAUAUCGUAAAAAGAAGUGAAGCGUCUAAUGAGGGCUAUUCAUUGAAUUGUGUCCUGCCUUCAGUAAAUAAUCAGAUUGAUGAUGGUGUAAUUCCCGAGAAGGAUGACAUAAAUCACUAUCAUGGUGAAUGGGAUCAAAUGUUCUAUGACAUGAUUAAUAAUAAAGGUUCUAAUCAAGAAGGUCUUUCAAACUUCAGAGAACUCUACUCACAAAUUUCUCAAACAAUAGAUUUAUUAAAUUCCUAA